UCGCUCAUUUCAAACUCUACAACAAUUCAAAAAUUCAAAAUCGCAUAUAAAAAAUAAUUAUAAUAAUAACAAUUAACGAGAUAUUAAAAGAUUUUCCCCAUAAUUAUGCAAUCUUAUAAAGAUUUACCAUCAAAGAAAAAGAUCUGGAAGGAAAGGGAAAAACAAAAACAAAAAUGAAAGAUAGAGAGGAAGAAGAUCAUCCACACAGGAGACUGAAGCAACUCUUCAGCGACCUCGAGCAAGAGUGGGACGCCAUGAAAACAGCCAAGAAAAGCUCCGUUUCAGAUUCAUCGAUCACUGUCGCCAUGGACCAGGCUCUCCGGUUUCUCGUUAACUCUCCGAGAAAGCUCAUGCUUUGUCUCCAACAAGACAGACCCACCAGUCCUGAGCCGAUGGAAUCGCCCUUCAUCAGGAGAAAACUACUCUUCGAUGAUAGUGAUAAGGAUAAUGGUGAGAGCAGGGUGACAUCAGCGUUAUGCGACGAUGACGACAGCAGAAGAAUCGGGCCAUUUCCGCGGGUUUCGAAUGACUCGUCUUGGACGUCUUCGAAUGUCUUGUGGGUUGGUGUUUGUUUCGCGGUUCUUUUAGUUUUGGCCGUGUUGAUGAAUGGAUAUGAUCGGUCUGUAACCAAACAGACGAUCACUCUGGUUCCUACUUGAAGAGACAUUUCUGA